ACAGUAUGUGACACACAGACGGGCCACUCAACUCGUUUUCUUUGUUACUCUACACCUCUUCACUCGUGAAAUGGACAGGCUGCUUCUAGUACUUCUGGGCUUACAUGCAUUUUGGCCAUACUGCCAGACACUGGAACAAGCCUCAUUGCGCUUUGUUGGGCUUGGGGACUGGGGAGGCCUUCCUUUCUUCCCCUAUUACACCUCCCAUGAGCAGACCAUCGCUAAAGAGCUGUCCUGGGUGGCCCAGACCUUGGGACUGGACUUUGUCCUCAGUUUAGGAGAUCACUUCUACUACAGUGGAGUGGAGGAUGUAGACGAUCCACGUUUCAAACAUACAUUCGAGCGUGUCUUCUCUCAACCCUCUCUGAUGAACAUCCCAUGGUACCUUGUGGCUGGAAACCACGACCAUGUCAAAAACGUGUCUGCUCAGAUUGCGUACUCCAACAGAUCUGAAAGAUGGGUGUUCCCUGAGCUCUACUAUGAGCUCCAGUUUAAGGUUCCCCAGAGCAACGUGUCAGUGACUGUCCUGAUGCUUGACACUGUGGUUUUAUGUGGCAAUACCUAUGAUGGGACCCAGCCCACGGGAGAGGAGGAUCCCAAAGCUGCUAUCAAGCAGUUAGACUGGAUCAACUCCAGGCUUGCAAAGAGCAAGUCAGACUUUGUUCUGGUGGCUGGUCACUAUCCUGUGUGGUCCAUCGGUCAUCAUGGUCCUACCAAAUGUCUCGUGGAGCGAUUACGACCACUGCUGAAGAAGUAUAAUGUGACAGUCUACCUGAGUGGUCAUGACCACAAUAUACAGUUUAUCAGAGAGGACGAUGGGAGUUCCUAUGUGAUCAGUGGGAGCGGGAACUUUUUAGAUGUAUCCACCCAUAAUAUCCACAGCUUCCCGUCGUCAUGGCAACGCUUCUCCAAUGCUGUGAACCAUACAUCUGGAGGAUUUGCUUAUUUUGUAGUCACCGAUAACAAUAUGACCGUUAGCUACAUCCAGACUAAUGGAAAAUGUGUGUAUCAAACGACAUUGGUGAAACGCAAGGUCUGACAGACAGAUACAUGACAGUAAGUCAAUAAUGAACUACAAAUAUACAGAGCAGAAAAUAUAUUUUCUCAUUAAAUUCCAAUCAUAUACCUCUCUAUCUUCCUUUAGAUAUUGGUCUUGGACUAAAAUGAAUUAUUCAGAAUUAUUAUUACAUGUCAGUUUGAAUGUUUCUCUUUUUCUGUUCUUAAUAAAUAUAUUUUCUGUGAAACU